AUGCGACUACCUCGCAUCUUACUUGCGGUACAAUACGGGCCUAUCUUGUGCUCGCUUGGAGACGACAACAAGUCAUCUGCUACGUCUCAUGACCCUGCUCGAACGCCCCUCAACGAAUCAACAACCGAGUACAUACCUAUGCUUCUGGAUGGUCCGUCAGCAUUCGGCGCGGCUCCGUCAGUUGCAAAGUUUCAUGAAUCCGAGAUGAAUAAGACCAUGCGUGGAGUCACUGAAAGCGAAGAUCGGACGAGCAACCAGGUUGCAGAGCUGGUGGAAUCUUCGGCUCUAAGUUUGACUGACUUGUCAAAACAACUUGGAUUUCAUAGUCCCUUGGAGGAGCUCAUGGACGCUGUUAGCCUACCCUGUUGGCCAUACAUCGAUGGUCCGGUAAUGUGGAAAACCAAAAACUUUUGGAAAUUUGCUAGAGGUGAAGAUCCCAUGGACGCGUCGGGAAUCAUGGUAGGCGAGCAACCCGUAGACGCGUCGGCACUCGCUAGAGACGAGGAACCCAUCGAGGCCUCGGUAUCUGCGGAAGGCAAGGAAUCCGUGGACGCGUCGGGAUCCGUGGAAGAAAUGGAACCCAUGGACGCGUCGGUACUCGCGAGUUUGCUGCAGGAAAAUAAGGACCGAGCACCGGAAGAUGGAAAGCUUGAACCAGAAAGUAUUAUCAAAACGUUCUUGCUCGUCAGGAACCCAGUGGAUGUUGCGAAGGUCCUUAUGUCGCUCCGUGCAAUCAAGGACAUGAAGGAUGAGGCCGAUGAGCUGCACAGACAGCUUCUUGCAGUCUACGAUGUAGUACCGGGAGUGCUAUCUCACGUGUGGAUGAGAUUAGGCUUGGAUCCUGAACAGCUAUUUGAGGUCCUCGACUUGCGAGGGAAAGUGGUGAAAGACGUUGCAACAGCUGCUUUUCUAUCAGAGUGGUUACGAUAUGUUGGUAUGUUUAAGAAGAAACACCCCAAAGCAUUAGGCGCCAUGGACGCAUCAAAACUGAUCUUUCACAACGAACGAGACGAAGACGUGAACGCCUUCAUCAAAAAUGUUGCACAAAUUGGUCGUCAUGAAAAUCUCGCCAACGUCCUGCGUAUACUUCGCCUUGUAUCGAAGGGUGUUGUUCGUGAAGAGGAGAAAGUGAAAAUGGAUGUUCUGCCUUGGCAAAAACGCUUGAAUCUUCAUAAAAAAGCCCUAAAAUUAGGUCAAAAAGGCCUCACCGAUGUCAAGCCUUUUACGAAUUUUGUACAAAAGAAAGGACCCAUGGACGCGUCAGCUUUUGCGGUUUUGCUCAAGAGAAAUCUUGGCCGAAUUAAAUCUUCAUCGUAUGUCAAACCUGAAUUGGUUAUGAUAUCGUUGCUCUUCGUUAGAUCCCCAGCGGAUGUGGCCCAGCUACUGAUUUCACUUCAUAAGAUUGCGGACAUGGAACUCAUUGCGACAGGAUUUCACAGACUUCUUUUCCAGAACGUAGAAAACACCAAAAUGAUGUGUGAAGCGUGGCUGUGUUCUGGAGUGCACCCGGCCAUUCUUUUUGAUAAUCUGUCUAUCGACUUGGCCAGGUCAUAUGAUGGUCUACAAAGAUUUAUCAUUGGUACGUGGUUCGAGUAUAUCUCGCUGUUCAAUGAAAUGCACCAAGGCGCAUUCACUGCCGAUGACGCCGUAAAACUCAUGUUUCCGACCGAAGGAGCAGAAAUGAUGGACGCUUUUCUUGAACGAAGUGAAAGCUUCUAUGGUAACAAGUGGCUUACCAAAUUGUUUGAGGGUAUUUCGCCUGUUAUGAAGGGAAAAGAGGCAGAGAGUGCAAACGCGCAUUAA